UUGAUCAACAACUGGUUUACUCAUUGAGACAACAGUUGGAUGCAUCAAAUCAAGACAGUGAUGGAGAUAUGCCUUUCUUCAGUUUUAGUUCUCUAAAGACUGCUACAGAUGACUUCUCAGAUGCUAAUAAACUUGGAGAAGGCGGGUUUGGUCCAGUUUACAAGGGAAAGCUGAUGGAUGGUGAGGAAGUAGCUGUGAAAAGACUAUCAACAAAAUCAAAUCAAGGAUAUGAAGAGUUCAAGAAUGAAGCAAAGGUCAUCUGGAAGCUUCAACAUAAGAAUCUGGUUAGACUCCUGGGAUAUUGUGUUGAAGGAGAAGAAAAACUUCUAAUCUAUGAGUACAUGGCAAAUACAAGUCUUGAUGCUUUCUUGUUUGAUCCAUUGAAGUGCAAACAACUCGACUGGCUCAAGCGCGAAAACAUUCUCAAUGGGAUUGCAAGAGGAAUUCUGUAUCUCCAUGAAGAUUCUCGACUCAAAAUCAUCCACAGGGAUUUGAAAGUGAGUAAUGUACUGUUAGAUGAGGAGAUGAAUCCAAAAAUAUCAGAUUUUGGAACUGCUAGGAUAUUUGGAGGCAAGCAAAUUGAUGCCAGCACCAAUAGAAUAGUUGGAACAUAUGGCUAUAUGGCGCCAGAGUAUGCUAUGGAGGGUGUUUUCUCAGUUAAAUCCGAUGUAUACAGUUUUGGAGUUCUAAUCCUGGAGGUGAUCAGUGGGAGAAAGAGCAUUGGUUUUCUAAACAUGGACAGAGCGCAGAACCUUCUGUCAUAUGCAUGGGAGCUAUGGAAUGAAGGUAGAGCAGAAGAAAUGAUAGAUGAGAACCUGGCUGGAGAUUAUCGUGAGAGUGAGGCCGUAAAAUGGAUCCAGAUUGGCUUGCUGUGCGUGCAAGAAGAUGCUAACACCAGACCCACCAUGUCAAUGGUUGUUCUAAUGCUUGGAAGCCAGGCGGUUCACCUUCCUCAGCCGUCAAAACCUCCAUUUCUUACAGGUCGAGGAAGAAGUUCGUCUCUUUAUCUGCUACUCCAAACCCAAAUCAUGUUCUGUUUCCUCAAUUACAGAUCUUCGCCAGUUUCGUUGCUACUUCUGAUUUCAAUCUUUGGGCUUAGCCGCUCCCAUCAUUUCGAACCAAGAUAUAGGUUCCACAUCUGUUCAGCGCCAAGUAAUAUCACAACCAACUCUAAUCUGGGUUCAGAUCUCAUUGGCAUACUGGGUUCUUUAUCCGAAGCUUCCUCCGACAGCUUCUACAAUAGAACUUUCAAUGGAAUGUACGGCCUCGUACUCUGUCGUGGAGAUAUUCCCAACGAUUACUGUCACAGUUGUGUCAGUACCGCAAGCAGAGAUGUAAGGGAUCGAUGCCCUUUAAGAGUAAACGCCACAAUAUGGUACGAUGAGUGCAUGCUUAGAUACUCAGACAAGAACUUCUUGGGAACCGUAGAGAUCUCCCCGAGAUUCCUCAUGGGCGAUUCAGGGAACCAGACAUCGCCAGAUGAUAGUAAUAUUGAUGGGUCUGCUCUGUUGUCUCAGAUGGCCAGUGAAGCCUCAGUGUUACCGAUGAUGUACAAGGCAAACAAGUUGCAUGGGACUGGCUAUGGAUUGGUUCAGUGCACAAGGGAUCUCAACAGUAGCGCGUGUUGUAAAUGUUUGAUGGCUCUGUUGGAGGAGAUCGGGCAGGUUUACAAAGGGAGAGUGGGGUGGAGAAUUUUGAGCCCAAGUUGUAGCAUAACGUAUGAGAAAUAUCUUUUCUAUUCUCUAUCAGCUUCGCCUCAAGGUGAUUCAAAUCUUAUAAUUUUUUUGUUUCGUUGUUUGCUAAAUUCUUCUACAUCUUAUAAUUUUAUACUAAAUCAAGCAGGAUUGAGCGCCAAAGUGAUUGCAGUAAUCAUUAUAUCAACAGUUGCAGCAGUAGCAUUUCUUGCAAGUCUGUUGUAUUGUUUACUUCUGUCAAAGAAGAGAAGACAACAUCCAGAGAUGGACACAGGUGAACAAGUUCUGUUGCGAAAUUUGGGAGAUGCUAAGUCUGCAGAAUUGAUGAAGCAAAAUUUGCAUUCAAGAGAUGGAGACAAUGAUGAAGAGAUGCAUUACUUCAGUUUCAUCACCCUACAGGCUGCCACAAACAACUUUGCAGAUGCAAAUAGACUUGGAGAAGGCGGGUUUGGCCCAGUUUUCAAGGGAAAGCUGAUGAAUGGGGAAGAAAUAGCUGUAAAAAGACUGUCAGUGAAGUCAAGCCAAGGUCACGAUGAGUUCAAGAAUGAAGUCAUGGUCAUAAUGAAGCUUCAACAUAAAAAUCUGGUCAAGCUUUUGGGAUGCUGUCUGGAGGGAGAGGAAAAGCUCCUUGUCUAUGAGUACAUGGCAAACACUAGUCUAGAUGCCUUAUUAUUUGAUCCAGUUAAAUGCAAACAACUCGAUUGGCUUAAGCGCAACAACAUCAUCAAUGGAGUUGCAAAAGGAAUUCUAUAUCUGCACGAAGACUCUCGGCUAAAAAUCGUUCAUCGGGAUUUAAAAGCUAGCAAUGUGUUGUUGGAUGAUGAGAUGAAUGCAAAGAUAUCAGACUUUGGAACGGCCAGAAUAUUCGGAGGCAAGCAAGUUGAGGCUAGCACCAACAGGGUUGUUGGCACUUUUGGAUACAUGGCACCAGAAUACGCAAUGGAGGGAGUGUUUUCUGUAAAAUCGGAUGUUUAUAGUUUUGGGAUCUUAAUGCUAGAAGUGAUAAGCGGGAGAAAGAACAGCGGUUUCUUCAAAGUAGACAAUGCACAAAGCCUUCUAUCACAGGCAUGGCAACUAUGGAAGGAAGGCAGAGAAGAGGAAAUGGUUGAUCCGAACCUGGUUGGAGAUUGUUCUUUAAGCGAAGCUCUAAGAUGGAUCCAAAUCGGGCUCCUGUGCGUACAAGAAGACCCUAACAUCAGACCGACCAUGUCAAUGGUCGUUCUAAUGCUUGGAAGCAAAUCGAUUCCUCUUCCUCAACCGUCGAAACCUCCAUUCUUUCCGAUUGGCUUUCCGGCGUCCGCCGGUCAAUCUUCAACGACCUUACUGGGAACGGGGUAUCUCUCCACACAAUCGUCUACCACGGCUUCUAUCUAGUUAUACGAUUGAGUGGGUCCAUGUAGCUCAGAAACUUGCCCAUCGUCUUCUUCCUUGCGCAAGUCCACGGUCUUCUGGGAUCUGGACCGUAUUAAACACAAGUCGUGACGUAUUGAGUUAGAGAGCCCAUUUCCUGGUCUGUUGACUCAGUCAUGAUCUUCAACUGUUCAACCACGCUAGGGAAAUUGUUUGCUACGGCAAUUAUUUUACUUUUAAAAUGACCUUUUUGGUCGUAAAUUUACUUC